CAGGCUAACAGGAGGAAGAAGGUGGUGUUUCUCCUCUGAUCUGUCUCUGUCUCACACAGCAGCAGUGAACGUAUGCUGCUUUUUAUUUUCCCAAUGUUAACAGCAGUCUGAACACACCGGCUUUGGAAAUGACUUGCAGAUUAUCUUGUGCCAAAGUGUUGGAGUUCAUUCAGACUCUGACCCUUAAGAAGCCUCUGGAGCCAGAAGGAGAGGAGUCCAACUUCUGCCGAUGCCUGACCACUGUGGACCUGGUGGGUCUGGGUGUUGGCAGCACGCUGGGAGCUGGUGUUUACGUGCUGUCAGGAGAGGUGGCCAGGGAAGUGGCCGGCCCCAGCAUCAUCAUCUCCUUCCUGGUGGCGGCGGUGGCUUCGGUCUUCGCAGGGUUGUGCUACGCAGAGUUUGGAGCCCGUGUCCCCAAGACAGGCUCAGCUUACCUUUACAGCUACGUGACUGUGGGAGAAGUGUGGGCGUUUGUGACUGGUUGGAACCUGCUGCUGUCCUACGUUAUUGGAACAUCAAGUGUAGCCAAAGCCUGGACCGGGACCUUUGAUGACCUGAUAGACAACGUCAUUGCUAAAACUCUGGCAGAACAUACACCCAUGGACUCACUUGGCUUGGCUCUGUACCCAGACUUCUUUGCUGCUGGGAUCAUUAUGUUGCUCGCUGUGAUACUUGCGUAUGGUGUGAAGGAGUCUGCAGUGCUGAACUCUGUUUUUACUGCACUGAAUGUGGCCAUAUUGGUUUUUAUUAUCAUCGCCGGCUUCAUAAAAGGAGACAUCAACAACUGGCGCAUCAGUCAGGAGACUAUCCUGAAUGCAGUGCGACAAAUGGAGAACUUGACAUUGGCACAAAAUGAAACUGCUGACUUUGGUGUUGGCGGCUUCUUCCCCUUUGGCUUAGAUGGAACUUUGGCUGGAGCAGCAACAUGUUUCUACGCUUUUGUUGGGUUCGACUGCAUUGCCACAACAGGUGAGGAGGUGCAGAACCCCCAGAGAGCCAUACCUCUUGGGAUUGUAGUGUCCCUGCUAGUCUGCUUCCUGGCCUACUUUGGUGUGUCGGCUGCUCUAACACUUAUGAUGCCCUACUAUCUGCUGGACCCUCACAGUCCUCUACCUGUAGCAUUUGAAUAUGUUGGCUGGGAGCCUGCGAAGUACGCUGUGGCUGUGGGAUCUCUCUGUGCACUCUCAACAAGUCUCCUGGGAGUGAUGUUUCCAAUGCCACGCGUGCUGUUUGCUAUGGCGAGAGACGGCUUGCUCUUCAAGCCUCUUCGCUACAUGAGCUCCAGACAGAGUCCUGUCUUAGCCACGCUGUCGUCAGGUGCUGUGGCCGCUUUCAUGGUCCUGUUAUUUGACCUUAAAGCACUGGUUGACAUAAGCUCAAUUGGGACCAUCUUCGCCUACAGUCUUGUUGCAGUGUGUAUUCUCAUAUUACGGUACAAAGAAGACACCAGUUUUGUCCAUAGAUCAGAACCGUUUACAGUGAUGGGGCUGUUCAGGCCUCCGUCUCGGCCCACUCACCGCACGUCUAAGAAUGUCAACAUUCUCACCAUCGUUAUUUUGUUCCUGGUGAUCGUUUUAAGCGUGCUGUUCUCCGUGGCUGUGGAUUCCCUCCGCAGGCGUGAGUGGUGGAUCGAGCUGCUCGUCUCUGUCCUCACGCUGACGCUGGUCCUGGCUGUUGUUGUUAUCUGGAGGCAGCCACAGAGCACAUCUAAAGCUGCUUUCAUGGUUCCUGGUCUACCUGUAAUUCCAGUUUUAAGUGUCUUCAUCAACACCUACUUGAUGGUUCAGCUGGGAGGAGAAACCUGGAUCAGCUAUACUGUUUGGAUGGUAAUAGGCCUGAUCAUCUACUUUGGCUACGGCGUUCGUCACAGUGUCCAAAAACAAAGAUUCAUGGAGGCUCACGCUGUGCAAAGUAUCGCUGGUGUAAACAACAAUGUUGUGGACUCUGCUGCUUGAUGUUGUGUAUUGAAUAGUGCGAGGUGUUAAUCCACUUGUGUGGAUUAAGCUGAUCACAAAAUAUGUUCAAAGUUUUGAAAUCCUUUUAGGAUUUCAUUCAGGAUUCAUUCAGGGUUGGAUCGACCUGAAGCGUACGCGAGGCGUCUCUGGAUGUUUUUAUGCUAACAAAUGUUUUGCUAAAAGUAUGUGUUGUACCUGAAAAUACAUAUUAUAAUAUUAUAUAAGUGCUGUUAUGCUACACUGUAACUUAUAAAAUAUCUUGUCUGUCAUUUUAUCCAUUUUGGCUUGAUUAGUCAUUCAAGACUAUACGGAUAUUGUUGUUUGUCAGUUAUAGACAACAACAGAAAUUUUAAUAUUGAUCUGUCCUGUUAAUUGAAAUG